AUGGCAAAAAGAAAAGCUGAAUCGCAAGAUCAGCUUGCGACUACCAAUGGCACGAAAAAGGUCAAGCAGGAAUCUACCGCAAAACUCGAAAAGUCUAAGAUGAUGCUGGAUGAUAGCGAUUCAAGCAGCGAAGACGAUUCCAAUGGAGGUGCCCCGCUUGAACCUGUAUUAAAAGUUAAUCAAGACUAUGCAAAAAGAUUCGAACACAACAAGAAACGUGAAGAGCUUCAAAGAUUGGAGGAAAAGUAUACGAAGAAACCUGGACCAACAAUUGAUAAAAAUGGCGAGAAGAAAUAUGGCGACAAAUAUGAUGAGGAUUCUUCGUCUUCUGACGAUGAAGACGAAGACGAUGAUGGAUUUUUAGCGACCGAGGAUUUAGAUAAGGAGAUUUCGGCUACAUUGCAGGCUCUUCGUUCAAAAGACCCUCGAGUCUACGAUGAAAAAGUUACGUUUUAUGCUCCGAUUGAUGAGGAAGCGGGGGAGGGAACAACAACAGAAAAGGAGGAAAAGCCUAUGUAUCUGAAAGAUUAUCAUCGAGAGAAUUUAUUGGCUGGCCAUGCAGGCGAGGAGGAAGAGGAAAAUGUCCCACCAACAUUCGCCCAAGAACAAGAAGCUUUGAAGAAGAAGAUUGUUGGCGAAAUGCACGCAGCUGCCGAAGAUGGAUCUGAUUCGGAUGAGGAUGCAGGAUUUCUUGUGAGGAAGGAAAAGAAAUCAGCAAUUUCAAGUCAAGGCAUACAUCCAUCGAGAGCUUCAAAGGUUGAGGUUGACAUCGCCGUUGCUGACAAAGAUCCGGAGACAUUUCUAUCGAAUUUUAUGGCAGCUCGCGCUUGGGUUCCCAGCGACGGUGCUCGAUUCCAGCCAUUCGAAUCCGAUGACGAGGAUGAUGACAACCGAGCCGAUCAAUUCGAGACAGCUUACAAUUUGCGCUUCGAGAAUUCUCAAGGCAGCAAUGAGAUGUUGAAAUCAUAUGCCAGAGAUGUCGUUGCUGCAAAAUCCGUUCGCCGUGAUGAGGUCAGUGGGAGGAAAAAGCAAAGAGAUACUGUGAGAGAGAAGAAAGAGGCCGAGAAGCAGGAGAGGGACGAAGAUAGGUCACGAUUAAAGCGCUUGAAGAUUGAUGAGAUGGAGGAGAGGCUUCAAAAAAUCAAGAAGGCUGCAGGCAUAAGUGGUAAGACUCUGAAAGAUGAAGAAUGGGGUCAAUUCUUAGAUGCGGCCUGGGAUGACGAUAAUUGGGAGGCUGAGAUGAACAAACGCUUUGGGGAUAGCUAUUACGCUGAACCGGAAGGAGGAUCUGACAGUGAUGACGAAACAGAAGAGAAGAAGAAAAGAAAGGUCAAGAAGCCAAAGUGGGAUGACGAUAUCGACAUUAAAGAUCUUAUACCUGACUUUGAUGAGGAGGAAGAAUCUUCGAAACCCGCUUUCUCUCUAUCGGAUCCAGAGGACGACGCAGAGGAGAACUCCGACGAAGACGGGGAAUCAUCCAAGAAAUCGAAAAGCAAUAAAGAACGACAAUUGGAAAAGCAAAUGAAAAAGAAAGCUGUACGUCUGGAAAGAAGGAAGAUUGAGGACCUCGUGGACAGCAAACUCGAUGUUGAUCUCUCCUUGGCUUCCAAAAAGGCAUCAAUGUUCAGAUAUCGCGAGACUUCACCCAUCUCAUUUGGUUUGACUGCCAGAGAUAUUUUAAUGGCGCCAGAUUCAUCACUCAACGAAUUUGCUGGCCUGAAGAAGAUGGCUACCUUCCGAGAUGCGGAAAAGAAACGCAAAGACAAGAAAAAUCUCGGCAAGAAAGCUAGGCUCAGACAGUGGAGAAAGGAGACAUUUGGUAACGAGGAUGGACCGGAAAUUGUUCUUGGUCCUAACGCCGGGGAGGGAGCAGAUGUUAUUGAAGGUGUAGAAAUUCCAGAAAAGAAGAAGAAGAAGAGAUCUAGGAAGAACAAGGUAGCUGUCGAAGAAGCUAUAGCCGCGGAGUAA